AAUCAGUCACUCAGCUCCACAUCCAGAAGCUCCCGCGGCCAGACACACGCAUCACUCCACACUAGAGGUGCCAAACUGCGGCUCUGACUGACAAAACUCCGGGUCAGUGGAGAGAAGCUGAACACUUCCCAAAAAGAAAGAGGGGGACUCUUGUGAUUCAGACCUUCAUCCUCCCCCUCUUCUCUGUCAUUUUGAGGAUUCCUACUUUUUUCCCCUCUUUCUUUUUUAUUUUUUUUUAUUUUUUUUUUCUGCCUCCUCUUGCUGCUGCGGUGCGACUUUUGGAUCGACUUAUUACUGUGCGCCUUUUCUCUGGACAUGUCUUUCCCUCAGCUGGGAUAUCCUCAGUUCCUCAGCGCCGCCUCUCAGGAGGUGUACGGGGGCGAGCGGCCGGCCUCUGCCCGGGAAGGAGGCGCCGAGGGCGGCGUGUGUUCCACCGCCGCCACCGCCGCCGCCGUGGGCUCCAUGCUGGGGAUGUACGGAAGCCCGUGGGUGGCGCGCAACUACAGUGCCUUUUUGCCGUAUAGCGGAGCCACAGACCUCGCCCUCAUUUCCCAGAUGGGCUCUCAGUACGAGCUGAAGGACAGUCCGGGCUCACACGCCGCCUCGCUGCCUGUCCACGCCGCACAGGGCUUCUAUCCGUACGGACAGUAUCCGUAUGGAGACCCGUCCAGGGCCAAGACGGCCACGAGGGAGACCACCAGCACCCUGAAGGCCUGGCUGCAGGAGCACCAGAAGAACCCGUACCCGACCAAAGGCGAGAAGAUCAUGCUGGCCAUCAUCACCAGGAUGACACUCACACAGGUGUCGACGUGGUUCGCCAACGCACGCAGGCGCCUGAAGAAGGAGAACAAGGUGACCUGGGGCCGCAGCGCCGAGGACCGGGACGGCCGCAUCUUCAGCAGCGACAACGAGGACGAGCCGGGAAAGAACGGCAGCGACAACGAAGACGAAGACGAGGAGAUCGAUUUGGAAACUGUGGAUAUCGAGAGACCCGAGGAGCAGCGGGCGGACGGCCAGCAGAGUCCCGACAGAGUGGAGGCAGAGGAGGACGCGGAGGCAGAGGCAGAGGCGGAGGCUGAGGCGGGCCUGUCCGCCCGGGAGCAGGCCUCUGAGGCGAGGAGCGCGGGGAGCGGCAGGACGCUUCCUGUGGAAACGGGCAUUUCUCUCAAUAAAUCGCCUGUUGUCAAACUCGCAGUGGAUCAUUCACCCGGCAGACAGGAGUACCAGAGACCCGCACAGAGCAAACCCAAAAUCUGGUCCUUGGCUGAGACGGCCACGGCCCCGGACAGCUCCCAUAAACUCUCCUCCGCGAGCCAUGCGCAUCACCCGGCUUUGGCCUCCGCGGGCCACCCGGCCUUACUCCCCGGACAUGGGAUAUAUACAUGCCAAAUUGGCAAGCUGCACAACUGGGCCAACGCGGCUUUUCUGAACGCCAACUCGCUUUUGAACAUGAGGUCGUUCCUCGGUGGCGGGGCGCCCGCCGGACACCUUCCGCUCCACGGGGCAGUGCCGGCGGCGGCGCGUCAUGACGCACGACCGGCGGCGGCGGCGGCAGCGGUGGGCCCGGGAAUGUCAGGGACGGAGGAUGACAGUGAUAUAGAGUCGUCGGGGAGCUUCAGUCCAAAAAGAGAUGACGAAGAGAGCGACCACAGGCCGGAUUCCCUCAAGUCCCACUUCCAGCUGAUCGCUGACAGACCUCACAGUGGAACAACGACAUCACAUCGAGCUCUGACAACAACAUUAUGAGAAGACAAAGAUAAAAGAAAAUAAUAACUUUAUUUAAUGGAGAACUGUUUAACAAAAGGCUAUUUUUGCCAGGACCACCUGUCAUAGUAUUGCUGUUUAGCUUCUAUUUGCAAAAAAAGAGACGACGGACAGACAGUCGAUGGUUUUUGUCACAGAUUUGCUUGUAUCUCUCUCUUUUUAUGUCUCUUACGCUUCAUUUCUUUCUCUUUCUUUCUUUUUCUGUUGUGAAUGGAAACCAUGAAAAAUUUGUAAAUACAGGAUAUGAAUUUGUCUUUAAAGAAUAUAUUUUUUGGGAACUAAAUAAAUGUCAUUAUAGUCA